CCUCUCCCCCGGGCCGGGAGCGGGCGAGCCCGCAGCUCAGCUGCCACCUCAGUUGUGUCUGGGGAGAGAAAUGGAAACCUCUUGUCCUCCCUGCGCUGACUUGGAUUUUGGGACGGAUCCACAGAGCCUGCUUUAGCUGACAGCCCUCUGCCCAGGGGAGGAUGUCCCCAGUCCUGCCCAGGCUGGACCUCUUGCCUGGGUUUGUAAAGCUGCAUGCAGCUCCUGGCAGGUAAAUCUAUAGUAUGAUUCUGCUCCUCGCUGAGCACACCUCUGAUUUCAUUAGUGCAGUAAUUCCCCUGGCAUGAAAGGCUCUAAUGGUAUUUGAGCCUGCUAUUCCCCACACUCGGUGCAUUGUCUAUAAACACAGGCUGAAAGCUUUUUCCCUGCCAGACAGCAGGCACCCUUCUCUCCCCCUGCCUGCUGGAAGAGAAAGGCUGAGGAUUCAACCCCAGCUCCAACAGAUGCCAGCUUCUCUAGGGAGGGGGCAGCCGUGACCUAGCAGGCUAACCAGAGGGCAGGAACCCUGAGACCACAGCCAGCUCUGACAUUUUCCUCUGCCAUGCUUUCCCCCUCUAUUAAAAAAGGAGAAGGCAUCUCGGAGAUGUCAGGAUGAAAAGGCUCCAUCGUUCCUGCUAGGCACUUGGGACAGUAGGCAACAUGCAGGAGGCAGGGAAGGAGCACAUGGCGUGAACCUCCAGCCCCCUUCUUUGCACGCGUGCCUGGCUGUGCUUAUCCAGCGAGGUGUAUAAAACAACCCAAAAACCUGUUUUGUGAAAAAGCAAACACAAGGGGUUCAGAUGAUAGCAUGUACAAACGUCCCGUAAGGUCCCUGCCAGCCAUGCUUCAAGUCCACAGCGGUAAGUGGAUGCAGGCUAUUAAAUAUUUCUGAGGAAGGGGCAUCCUCUGCAGCUCCAGAACCACCACACCAUGGCUGUGGGUUACUUCAGGACUGGCCUGCAUGGAUUCCCUCUCUCCUCUGAUUUGAGCCAGACGCAUUAAAUCCAGAAACCCCCUGUGUUUGCAGAUGCUAGCCCCCCUGCAUUCCCACAGCUCCUAAAACAAAAGGAGUGCUAUUAAAGCCAAGGACGCUACAUCAUGGAAGGACUGAGAGCAAGAGGGAAAAUGUGAGUUUGCGAUCGCUUUUAAAUCUGGGUCUAUUAAGCAGCGUAUGGCUUUAAAUCUCUCGUUUUACUGCUGUUCACAGGCCUCCGGAUAUAACCAACUUAUUUUUAGCUGUUUACUUAUUAAACAAACAUAAGGGAAGGCAAAAUGUCAGGGCAAUUUAGCAUGCUGAGCUGGACUUUGUUCAUAUACUCUGUCAUGUGGCAGUUCUGGACCCUAGCAGCUUUCAGCUUCAAGGGUAUGGGGAGAAAAGGUGCCAGUCUGCGAAGGCAGAGUCCCCCAACCCUUGCAAGCCAAACACACGCCAAGUUUGGGGCAUCUAUCUCAGGGACUAAUAUGGCCCCCAUUCCUGUGGGAGGACUUGCAGGCUUUACUGUAUCUAGCUUCUCAACUUCCCGUGAAGGAGGGAAAUGUUCUUACUUUCUCUUCCCAAGUAGGAAACAGAGACAAAAGGAGGCUGAAGGAGAAAGUUGAGAGGUAUCUGAAGUCAGGUGGAGUUAGGUGCCUAAAUCCCUUUCGGGGUCCAGUUAUAAGUGACUCGCCCAAGGCUGCACAGGGAGUCUGUGGCAAGACCGGGAGGUGAAUGUAAUCUGCUGCGUGUGACAUUGGUGCCCUGACCACUGGCCUAUCCUUCCUCCUCCUCUCUUCUGGGCAUGCAAAGUCCCUUCCUUCAAAGCUGGCCUCUUGGAUGCUGAAGAGGCCAGGCCCGCUCAGUGCCUCAGCAGUGCCAGACAUGCACGGGGCUCUUCUGAAAACCCGCCAUUGCCUGCGGCAGCAUCACACCCCAAAGAGGCUUCGUGGCAUCGUGGGGCCCAGAAUUUAACACUGGAACAGGACAGCUAUGCCUGGAUGUACAGCUUGACCCCAAAGAGGUCUCAAAACUUCCCCGAGCUUGAUAGACUGGAGUAAAUCGAAUCCACCCACCUGAAAAAACCCCAACAUUCAGCAAUUUGGCAAAGGAAGUGGAGGGGCACCUGUCCCAAGCUGAGCACCGUGUCCAGUGUUUUCUGUAUUCCAGCCUCUGGGUUACAUAUCAGACGGGGCCAAGCUUUUAGAAGUAGGGAGGAUCCAAACUAGGAUGAGAAACCAGAGCUUCUGCUAUGGAUGGCACAAAGUGAGAGUGACUCUCGGGGGCUUUGGCCUGUGUCACAACUGUGAAACUUAACGCUCGGUAUUUUCAAAGCUAACCAUCUUCUACACAUCAUUUUUAUCCAACACUAACCAUUGGUUAUACCUCCCUCUAGCGGAAGGAUUUUGGGUAGAUGCCAAUCUAGCAUAGCUUUCUUUUAACAUGACUGGCACACUGAUUCAGAUCAGCUGCCUUUGUAAACAUGUCAUUUAUAGGAGUCCGUAUCCUGGGGAGCUCUUUUAACUAUGAUACCACAUUUGCACUAUUAUCCCUAUUUCCCAUUCUCAGUGAUGCUGAACAAAUGGUAAAAAAAUCUGAUAGUGGCAAUGUUUUUGUAGCUGCGAUAGUCCAGGGAAUGUGAGAGGAGCAAGGGUUUUUCUGGUAGUAUCUUUUAUUGGACUAACUGUACAGUUGGGAGAGAUGUUAAACAAGCACGAUGUGAAGGCAGCUUGUCUAACCUCUCCCUCAGCUAUCCAACUGGUCCAAAUAAAAGAUACUGCCAAAAAACCCUUUGCUUCAAGAAAAUCUGAGUCAGCCUGUGCAUUUUAGAGCACUCAAGUCACUGAUUCUUUGAAAAAUUACCAUUCUCUCAAUCUUACCUACAGCUCAGCUCUUUCUCGGCCCUAAUUUGCUGGCUCUAUUGCAGUAGUGCCCAUGGCUAUAGACAUUUCAAGUGUGAGACUAUUUUUCUGUAUCUGUUCAUCCACUAUGGGACACUAGUCUGAGAAAAAUCACUCAGAGGAGGAGAAUCACAUCAGCAGUGUCAUAAUGAGAGAUUGGUAAAACCUGUAUUAUGGCAGCAUUUAGAGGUGCCAGUCGCAGAUCAGCUCCCAUUUGAAGGUGGCUGUAUCAUUAUCCUGUCAGCAAUAGAGCCCUCUCAUCUAACAGGCACCGAGGCAGGGGGUGGAGGUGUGCGUGUGUGCGGAGCUAUGCAUGGGUCUGUGUGCACACAGACGUGUGUAUGUGUAUCUGUGCAUGCGUGUGCUCCUUCCUGCUCCUCACCAAACACACGUGGUUUUAAUCACUCUCCUGAGCUCACAGGAGCCUUUCAGCUCUGUUCUCAUUGCUCCUCAUCCCACGCCCCAGUCACUGGUAACUUCUCUGGGAUUUUUCUGCAGUGCUUGAAAACCCCACAGACACACAUUUCCCUGCAAAUAACCAGCCCACACAGCAGCCUGACCAGUAGCAACAGGAGACCUGAGCUGGAAAAUGCCCCUGGAAGGAUUCCCAGAGGAGAAGAUGUGCAAGGCCAGAGAUAUGGAUGCUUAACAAGGACUCCGUGUUCAGUAUGAUCAGAGGACAGCCCACUGGUCCUGUCUCUUUGCUAAGGCAAUGACACCAGGGACCUUGGAAAGCUACAACAAGCACUGUGCUAGGAGGACUAGCUAACUCUUGACUUGAUAAUGGCCAUAAAACCUUUUGCCUUCAGGUCAGCUGGCUUGAGCCCUGCAUGGGUUGGCAGCAGCUGAAAGCAAUUGCCUUCUAGCAAAGGGUUGAUUUGAUCCUGCCUUUCCUGUUCACAGGCAACCAGCUGAGAAAGCCUGUGUUGCAGAAACACCUUCCUGCAGGACAGAGGGGUUCUGAAAAUGCAUCCGCUCCUCUCCAUGCUCUUCAGUCUAGUGCAAGCCAUCUGAACUCCUUUAAUGGCAGGCUCAGUGAUGCUGACUCUGAGCCCUCAAUGUCAAGACUUUGACCUGAACUGACAAGGCCAAGACUGUUAUCAGAGGAAUACGGUGCUCUGGAAAACAAGCGCCAACCAGGGGAGGACAGUGACACCGGAGUAAGAGGAGCCAAGGAGAGGGAUGACACAUGCAGCCAAACCUCCUGGCGCCGGAGCCAGAAGGGCUGAGCCAAUGGCUGGCUGCUGCUCCGGCAGCGAGUCCAUCCACCUCCACCCCCUUCAGCCUCCCAAGUCCUUAAGUUGCAGCUUUUAACUCCCUCUGUGUUCAGAGAAAAUAUGAUGCUCAGCAUGAGUGGAAGGAAGAUCCCGCUGACAGGUAGACAGCAUGGACACUGAUCCCGACAAGGCUAGCUGCUGAGAGUGUGACGCCCUCCAUUUAAUAACCAACACCAGCACCAACGAGGACAAGCCCCAGACUGGAUGUUAGAGAUGACCCUCAACCACUGUCCAAAUGCUGACUUGGCCCAGACUAUGAUGCCAGUGCAGAAAGAAAGAGCAAGAGAGAAAGAAAUCACUGAUCCACCAACUUCAAUGCUCUCCUAAUAAAAGAGGAAUGUAGGGAACAGUGGAGCCUUGAUGCUUUCAUGCCAGUGGUUCGGCCUCCUGUGGAUGUCUCUGGGUGUAGCCUGCCUUUGGUGAUGCCCCAGUUCACCUUCGCUUGCUUUUGCGGACUUCACGGCUUCUGCAAGAUGAAGAGGAAAAAAGAAGAGCCCAGCGCAGAGCAGGAGACGUCCGUGUGAGCGGAAGGGAAGCCUCGCCCUGCGUGUACCAUGCUCGUCCCUGUGUCACACCACGGGAGCCCAGCUCCAGCUUUCACUUGAGACUUGCCUGGUGAGGAAAAUGCCGAAGCUCAGACAUGACCUUACAGAAGAGAUGCAAGCAGGCAUUAUCCUGGGCGGCGUGCCGGUCCCACGCUGCCUGAGAGCCCGCGGCUGCGCCGGGAAGGGGGAACGGCCGCCCCUGUGCUGGGCUAACGAGCGCGCUGCCCUCAUCCCACUCUAGUAAGUCCUCGUGGACACUUCCUGAAGGAGAGUUUAAAAUCAAGGACCAAAUCUUGCCCUUGGCUCCCCAGUGUAACUGUAGAGCAGGAUUGGGCUCCUGGUUUUAAAUCGCCUCUCUGCUAUCAAUACAAACAAGCUGCCUUUCCCCCCCCCUUUUAUUUUAGUAACCCUCAAGCAAAUGUCUGUGCCCAUGAGCAGCCGGCCCCAGCGUCUCUGGGACAUCGCACGCUCCAGCCACCCGCACUGAGAAGCCGUCCGGAGGUGCAAGGGCACCGGGCUCUGAUUCUGCUCCCUCCAACUGUGCCAAUCUGGAGUUUCUCCGAUGAAAUCUUUGGAGCAAGCCCGGUGUGGGACUCGCGCCCCUCCUGGGUGUAUGCUAGUGGUUGUGCUGGAUUUGCCCUUGGCCCUCUUUCUGUAAUGGGCCAAAUCCCUGAAUGCCGUAGGGAGGGGAGUUUGGAACCGGACCCGGCUCUGAGCUCGGGAGCUCACGCGCGUCUCUAGCACGUGCGUGUGUUCUCCAAAGCAGCGGCUUUCGGGUUUUUCCAUACGAUGACCCCUUUCCCAGCCUGGAGCCUUCUUCCAACCUGGCCGGGAUCUGGAUGGGGCCCUCUUCCUGUUUAGUGACAUGGAAAAGGCAAGGACGGCCGUGCCCUCCUGAGGCUGGUUCCCCGCCUCCCCGAGGAUCGGAGCCCCCAGGUAGAGAGCCCGUGCUCUGCCGUGAUUUGUGUGGGGGGCGGUCUGGUCCAAAGCAAGUAGCUUUGUUCCUGGCAUGGGAUAUCCUCUCCAGGGAUAGCCAUUAGCUCAACAGUGCUGCUGUGUCAAAGAUUGCCCUUUUCCCCUGCCUGUCUGUCUGGACAUCCUUCCUACUUACUCUUGAAGCCAUAUGGAAACUCCCUGGGUGUCGUGCCUUUCAGGAAGCGUUGCAGACAGACUCCCUUCCCUGCCCCACCUAAAGGAGCCCCAGCAUCUGUGCUAGGUGAUCCCAGAAAGCAGGACUACUCCCUCCUCCUUGAGUCAAGGCCCUUGAGGUCAAUGGGAUCAUUCCCUUUGAUUCCAGUGAGCUCUAAAUUGGGCCUUUGGACCUCCCGCAGAAAGGCUGUCAGGUGGUAAUGCUGGAGGUGGGCUUGUUCCCACCCCCUCUACUCCAACCCCCUUCUGGCCCUAAAAAUCUAGAUGCAAAUUUUGUCACUCAGGCUCAGCACUAUUUAAUUCAGCAUCCUUAACUCCUUGGCUGCCGUCAGCAAAAUGUAUGGCCCGUGCAGCUGCUGGAGGUCUGGCCUCCCCUCAUUAAUGGCUCAGGGAGCAUUCCCCAGCGAGGAGGGUCACAAAUCAUCUGGAGUGACAGCGGUGGCUGCUGCUGCUUUUGAGCACCGAUGGCAGGUCCUGAGCUGAGCAUGUCACGGAGAGAGAGAGACAGACGGUCAGCAAGGCAGGCUGCGGUGGAAGCUGUGGGGAGAGCAGGGCUCUCAGGCAGGGGAAAUGCCUUGGCAGGUGAAUGCUGCGACUCUGCCUGAAACACUGUUUUAUCUGAUAAGGAGCAACAGGCCUGUCUAUGAGUGUGAAGAGCCAGGGGCCAAAUUUUGCUUUCACUCAACACUGACUUGAAGCCAGACUAAUACCACAGGUGUCUCUGCUGUUAUCCGAGAGGCCAGCAACAAAAGCACCUGGCCUAGGGUCUCUGGCAGAAAGGCUUCACCGUUCCCUCCCAGGAGAUGGAGAUAGGUGAAAAGUCAGGACCCAGCUCCUUGAAUUGGGUAUGAAUUGGGUAGAUUUGUUAACCGUAGCGGAAGCGCACGCUGACCCCAACUGAGGAGCUGGCCUCCAGAAAUUUAAGAUGUGCAAACUCGAAAACAGAUCCUUCCCCAGCUGAUUAAGCCCCGUGACCUUUCCAGCACUUUAGCCCUGGCUACAAGGCCAGAUUUGCACUUGCCAAAUGGAGCUGUAUAUGCUGGUGACAAGCUCCCUUUUCAGGAGGAAGUGAUAGCUUGGCUGGCAACCACAACAGACCUGGUAAUUAUUUUAUUUUCUUAUCUGACGGGUUUUGUGUGAAAUUUCAGCCCAGCAAGAAUGAAUAAAAGAGAUGCAGGAGAUCUCUGGGGAUGUGUGAAACCGGGUGAGUUGCUGGGUUUUACAUCGUCUUAGCUGGGUGCCAGGAGUCAGGGUUGCUCUACAAUUGACUGACUUCAAAGGUGUAGCUCCAAGAACAUCUAGCGAUAGAAAACAGCUGGGAUCAGGCCAUAGCGAGGGGUCAAACAGCACCUAACCUUGCUCAGUCGAUCAGACUGGAAAGUUCACAUGGCCAAAAGCACUUUUUCCCUGCUUGAGCCUGAGGAAGAGGUGCAAACAAGGUGCUGUUUUGUUUAUGACUAUAAAGCCUCAAGCAGGUCUAUCACCAAAAGUAACAGGGUAGCUCCACAGAUGCUUCGUUCAUAGAUUUUCCCCCCCCCCUUAAUGAUGCUUGGCAUGUCUGAGCCAGCUUGCGAUGGUGAUCAUUUUGCUACAUCUGUAGGAGCCUAGCACCAAAACCAGCAGCUUGCUUUCCAUCUCGUUCCAGUCGUGGGGUACAAUUCAUCAGUAAAGACUGAGCCUGAAACUUUCAAAGCUGCCUGGGAGAGAGAGACCCAAAUCCUCUUGGCUUGGAUACCUGAAUCACCUAGGUGGUUUUAACAAUGCUUAUUAUAGCCCCAAUAAGGCAGCAAGGAAAACGAUGCAAAAGAUGAGCACAGAGACUGAACGCCUGCGGAAGCCGUUGUCCUAAGUGAUCUUUGGCUGAUGCACGGUAGCUGCUACUAGCAAUAAAACAUGAUUUUUAAUGAAAACCUGCAGCCCAUAUUCCAGAUUGGGGCAUGCCUGUGGGCUCCCAGGCGCUGCUGGGAGCCCAGUAAUUGUAAUCCAAGCCAACAUACAGCUUGCACGGUGGGGAGUCUCCAGGCAGGAGCAAGUGUUUGGCUCCCAGGUUCAGACUCAUCACCAUGCAUUUUGCUCCAGGUUAGCAGGGCUCAUCACCGCAUGAUUGUACAGCGCCGUGAGCAGUAGUUGCCCCGUGGACCCCAGAGAUUAUACCAGCCUUUUACCAGCAGAGCAGGAGGAGUGCAUUUGAGUGAUUCUGUGUGUGUGUGGGCACAGCCUGGCUUCAUCGCCGCUGUAGUCCUCCUAGCAGUUUAUUCCCGAUGAAGGUCAACUGACCUCAGAUUCCUGGAGACCUUUUGGAUUCCUUGGAGCUGACGUCGGAGGCAGAGGUUUUGGAGGUGAUCACGCUCCUUUUCCAUUCUUACUCAGGGGGCCCUGGAAACUCAGCACAUGAAUGAUUCCUUCGCAGGGCAGAGUGUUUUUAAUUUUACUUAAUGACGCACUAGGUAAACACCCGAGUGUGUAACCUGGCUGCCGCGAGCCUCUGAUUACGGAGCUGAGACGGCUUUGCGGUUGAAGUUCCAACAUCGCUGCACGCCGGAGGCAGGCAAGGGGCGUUAUGGACUGUAUCCAGCUUAGCUAGGGGGUGAGUACCAUGCUACUCAAUUGAUCUCCUUGACAUGGAGCUCGUGCACAAACUGGGGGUUUCCUGUCUGUCACGGUUGGCCCAAAGUCUUGACUGCAAUCUUUUUCUUCUUCUGCUCAAGUCUCUCCACCACAUUUGACCAUUUUGCUGCACAUGCUUGUGCUCGUUUAUUGUACAUGUGCCUUCAAGCAGCAGGUGUUGCAUAGUCUGCUCCGUGCCACAGUCACAGGUGCUUGAACCAACAGCAUAGCCCUACUUCUUCAGUAGUUUGCUGGACCGUCCGACUCCGAUGCCUAGGCGGUCGAGACCUCGCCAGCUUUGCCGUGGUUCAUCAGCCCCUGGUGGGUAGGCCUUGGCUGCUGGAAUGUACAUUUUUCACUGGAAUAUGGAGGGGGAAUUUAUCAGGAUAAUCUGGUAAAAUUAUGAAACGGAUAGUCCUUUCUCCAGUGAGCAACUCCUAGCUAGAUACUGAUGUAUGUAGUGUGUAAAACGUAUAGUACCAGGCAGGCACUUUCCACCCUGCCAUAUAUCUUUAUCUUUGUGUGUGUGCGAGUGUGCAUGAUCUGAAAAUGCAAUAAAUUAUCCAAGUGCAGUCUGAAUGGGUCCAAGUUCAAGCUGCAGUUAUUUUUAAAGGGAACAUUCCCCAUAUGGGGAGAGCUAGAUCUUGAAGUGCUAAUAUGUUAUCCAUGGAGGCUCUGAGCAAAAUGAUUUGCUCCCGCGUUGACCUCUGUUGUGCUCAUAAAUGGCUCGUGGUGCUUUUUGAUUCUCCCGUCGUAAUGACUUGACCUCCAGAUUUAUGGCUGAAGGUUCCUUCAUCUCCACAUCAUUUCCCAGCAGACUGCAGCCUGGCGCUUUUCUGUAGCAAACUUGUCAACAGUCUGAUUUGCCAGGCAGUUUGCUCUUUGCUAACCGUCCGGGCUGAAAGUGGGUGCUGCCAACUAUCUUCCACUUGACAAAUUUGCAGUGGGCAAGAAGUUAGAUUUUUUUUUCCAGUGGCGGCAUUUUAAUAGGGCACCGUAUGCUUCCAAAACUGUGAAGUCUGGAAAGCUGACAGCUCUUGUCAAAGUACAAAUGCUCGCUCCCUCUCUCCCACACAGCUGCCCGACCCCUGGCAUUUUUUAGCAGAACGGGUUUUUUUCCUUGUCCAGAAUUCCCUCUGCCUCCAAACUUGAGCUGCCUCCUGCUUGAUUAUGGGCUUCCCCCCCUUCCUACCCCAGAGCUGGCUGCAUUUCAGUGGUGCUCCAGAAGGACGAGUCUUAUGAAGAAUGAAUAAUGAUGAUAAGAAAUUUAUAGAGAGCUGUUCCUCUAUAGACAUGAAAAAAAAGGUAUAUAUAUACCUCUGUCUUGGGUGAGCUGAAAACUCAUCUUAAGCAAGCCCAGCUAUGUGAUGGGUUGCUUUACAAAGAAAGGGAAGCAUCAUUAUUGUUGUUCCACAGAGAGGAAACUGAGGCACGGAGCACGUAAACAACCUAUUCAAAACCACCCCGGUAUUUAGGGACAGAGGCAGUAAGAAAUGGAGGCAUCUUGACCAUCAGUUGGCUUGGUGAGGUUCUUAUGUAGCUUUAGGAGUGUAUCUGAUUUCUUUGUCUUUAUUGCACAGUUGCUUCAAUAGGCGUCCUAGCUACACUGGACUUUCUCUCUAAAUUGCCCCUUACCUGCAGUGUAACUUCCCAGCACAGCUUCCGAGAGGAGUGCGAUGCUCACUGCCAUCAUUGUUCUUCAAGAAAAUGAAUAUUAUGCGCCUGAAAGAUGCAUUUGUUCCCACCAGAAAUAAUCCACCCUUAAUCCUAUUACAGUGAAGGAAACCAUCCAAGUUCCUCUAAAUGAGAAUGGAGGAAUAUAUUCAAAACCAGACAAAUCUGCUCAUCUCGGCGAGGUAGCAAGCAGUGAUGUGUGAAACUCCACGACUGCGCUCCCUACUGAUUGUCUAAAGCUCUUGCCUGGAAACAGCUUUUCCAGAUGAGCCUGUUCAGGACCUAUGAACUUUCCAGAGUGAUGUGCUCGUGAAGGCUUUCUACCCCUUCGCCCCCCACCACCAAAUUUUACCUGAGCAGUUGGCAGAGCCCCUUCAAGCCCAAGGGCUGGAUGCUUAGCUGGUGCAAACUGCUGUUGUUCUAAUGACACCGGUUUAUUGGAGCUAAGGAUGUGCUUGGUUGAAAUGACAAAGAAACUAAGAUUGCCUGAUCCUAAUUGCUCCAGGCUGGAGUGAUGCCAGUGGUGCAGGUAGGGGGAAAUGGCUUUAAUGAUCAAAAUAACCAGAGCAUUGCCUCCGGCUAACUUCCAAGGCAGGCAGUGUAAUCCUGUUGUAAAUAUUGGCUGACUUUGGAGCCAAGGAGACUACAGAUGUUUAUUUGCAUGAUAAUAAGUGGGUAGGGGACCAAAAAGUGUGUGUGUGUGUGUGUGUGUGUGUGUGUGUGUGUGUGGAGAGUGAGAGAGAGGGUUUGGGGCUGGUCGGGGUUUAUCCCAAGAUGUUUUUCAUCGGCAGACAAGCUCUCGACAGAGGUGGUCUUGCCAAGGGAACUUUCCCUGCACUGAUUUAAGAUGAAGAAAAUGUUUGUGCAGCGAGCUGGAAGGGUACAGAACAUGCACAAAUUGUAGGAGGGAAGCCAAGAAAAAAAAGCUGCAGAUUGAACUCUUGUCUUGUAACGUAUUCCUGAAGGUUUUACUGAAGAUGUGCAGAAAAGAGCAGGCACAUAACCUAAUCUUAUCAGAUGCACAUAGGCACAUCUCUAUAAUAUAUCAAGCUGGAAUCGGUUUUUUUUCUCUUUAAUUGUAUAACAGGGUUUAAGUCUUCCACCCAAACACUCUGUGAGCACAGGCUUUUGGCAUUUAGGUGGAUUGGAAAAAUAUCAGCGUGCUUUUUAUAACCAGGGUGAUUUCUGCAUUCCAGUGUGUAUCCAGAGAAAGAAUGAUGCUCUUUAAAGACCACCAAAGGACAGGUUCCUUGUUCUUUUUUUUGCACUUCUAGGCUUUCUAAGGUGUUAUGAUAAUAGGAUUAUUUUUAAAUGUCCUUUCUUUCCCCCAGUCUGGCUGGUGCCUCCAUUAUCUGGGUCUUUAUGAUGCUGUGCAGGAAGAACUGGAGAUAGGGGUGAAGAAAUAGGAGAUUUUGCAAAGCACAGUCCGACUCACCCCUUCCAUCUCAUUGAUCUGUAAUCAACAUGGGAUCCUAGAAAUAUUUGGUCAACAUGUUCAAAAGUGACCGAUGAUUUCUGUUUGGGCAACAAUCCUACUUUACAGGUCCCUAUUUCCAGUGGGUGGGUAUUCAGCACUUAUUGAGAACAAAACCCCAUAAGAGUGCCCAGUUGGGCACCCAAAAUUGCUGGCCAUUCUACAGGAUUUUGGCCUCUUUUGCACAUCAGCAAAAUACCCUUCUGACCCACAUUUGCAGACUUUGCUCUUGAGCUGAAUAGAGAUUUCCCCCUAAGUAAGGCCUGGGGGAUCAGGACCAUUUUUAUAUCUUUUUUUUUUUUUUUGGAAGGAUGGUUAAAUACAAUGUAUAUGUAUUGAAUGUAUCUGUAUAUAAUUUGCACAGUCGCUUUGUAAAACAAGGUGACCAUAGGGGUUAUACAUCUCAUGGAUUUAAACCGCUGAUAAUCAGCCAGUCAUCGUGUGGAUCUUUCUAAUAUGUUGAGAUGCAUAGACAGGGUUACGAACUACCCUCAUUUGUGCCGACUGAAAUCCAGAGAGUCUGUCUGUAUGUCCAAGUGUUUGCAAAAAUGUGUGUCACCAAUGAGCCUGAACCGGACCGUGGGCCCCAGCACCCCCACACGUGUCCCCGGGAAGGGGGUGCGUGCAUCUCAGCCCUAGCUCCAGUGCAAAGACAUGGAAACGAACUGCAGGAAGCAAAGAAGGUGCAAAACGGGGAGACCCUCUCCCUUCAGGUUGAAGGGGCUUUGCUGGAUCAGGAUCUAAAAGAUACAGAGCCCCGUCCGCCACAGCGUAACUCGAUAGAGUGCACUGAAAUGGAUGACUGUCCAUUCAUUGAAAGGUCUGAGCCUGCCCUUGCAACAUCAGUGUAAUGCGAAGUUAGGUGUAUCCUAACGAGGACCAAGGUAUGAACCCUCCCUCUAUUGUCCUUUUUUUUCCGUUUCUUCCCUUUCGCUGUCUGGAUUCCAUCAUAAAGGGACCUAGCCAGACACGUUCCUCAGGAGUCUCCCAGCCCCAGUAGCCAUAGAAACCAGCUAUUUUUAGUCUGUGUUCAUGAUGCCAAUAAAUGACUUUUCUCUACUUUGGAGAGAGACAGAAGACCAGGUUAGCCUUGUAUAUUAUUGCAUGGUAAUGAGUGUCUGUAAAAAGCCAUGCAUACUACUUGUAAAGUACUGUACAUUUCAGAAAAUAAAUGCAAAACUCAUGAAUAAGAGGAUAUAGAGACAUGCGGAGCAGACAAUUCACUCGCUGUUAUAUUUCCUACCUAAGACGAACAUUUAUAAGAAUUUUUAGAACAGCUGCUUUAGAGUCUGGAUUUUAUAGAUCUCUAGAGAUCAGGUAUUUUGGUACGUGGUGAGCUUUCUCCUUUCCCAAGCUGAUUCCCUUAAAUCCACCCCCAUUUUUCUCUUUUGCUGGUGUUUUGAAGUUAGAUCAACACCAGUGAGAACAUAAUGAUAUUCAGAAAAAUCCCCACAACAAUGACUGUGUUUCCUGGAAUAUCAAUACUAUUUGCAGCCAAAGGCUUUUUAAGCAGGACAGAGAAACAACUUGGUACGAUUACCAGAUUGCAUUAUAAUGAGCAACAGCUUCGUCAUUCUGCAGCUGAGUUCAACAUAAAUGUGGAAGUAACUGAAGCUGCGAUAACGAGUCUUUUUCUUUGAGGGGGUUUUAAAAACUGGUAACGUGUCCAUGGCCCCGUCCUGCAGCUGUGGACAGAUGGGUUGCAAUGGGACACGCUGGCACCCAUGCUCAUCACGCUGCAGGACUGAGGCCUUGGGAAUAUUUUCCCCCACAUCCUUAGUAUGACUUGUUUAAAAAGACUAUAUACAUCUUUUGAAAAAACAGUUAUACAGAUUUCUAACCCUUCAAACUGAACAAGAAAACACUGGUAGGGCAUCAGUGCCAUGCAGGCCAUUCGUUAUGGGCUGCUUGCUUCUGUAAAAGGUUGGAUGCCUUCUGUGAGAGGCAGAUCCCCUCCUUUCUCCUACUGUCUUCAGUAGGAGCUGAGACACUCUCUGCACCCAUCAGGAAGUACUGAGGGCCUGGUGUAGCACUGGGUCCAUGGGGGCAUCAUUGAGUUAUACCAGUUGAGGACCUGUUGAGGCCUGGUGAGCUGAGCUGAGCUGAGGAGACGGCUUUGCAGCCGAGCAGUAAAACUUUCACAAGCGAUGGUGUCCGAGGUCAUUUUCUUGUAACCCGGCACAGGUGCACCAGGGCUGUAAAUACACCGAACCCGACGACUUUUGCUGUAACAUAUCUAGUUUACAAGAUUGUAUUAUAAAUUAUAGAUGCAUAUCAUGAUUGUAUCUUGCACUGAAAUACUUGCCUAUUGAUCUGUCUCCUGCUGAUUAAUAUUCUUUACUGCCUGGUCCCUCUUUUGGAAGCAGCUAACUGGCUUUGUUUCAGUUCAUUUGUACAUCUCUUGAAUCUAUGCACCCAGAGUAAGCACUUUUCUUGUUCUAACUGUAAAAGCAUGCUUAGGAAAGCAGGUAUGCUAAUUGCUAUAAUAAACAGAUUUUAUUAUA